CCCAACUCUCGCCGCCUUGACCAGAUGUGCGGCUCUCCGUGCUAUGGAUGUGACACCGUCCGGCGAUCCGUGCGUUCGCUGCUGGAGGUCACUCGCGGCAGGUGUUUCCUUCGGCACGCGUCGUCCGUCCGCACCGUGAUGUUCGCCACGCGGCCCGCGGCGCCGCGUGGGGCGCGCGCCCGCGGUCCUCGCGGCGGAUCCGUCCUGUAGAUGAACGUGCAGAGGGGAAGUUUACCUGCAGCGACCUGAUGACUGGGGCGGAUGGUUGUCGGCUACGGCGCCGUCCACGUUGAAUGAUUGUGAUCUGAAUCGCAGGUGACGUGAGUGUGAGUGCGGACUGUUGUCUGAGUCUCUAACUGUCGCGUAAACCUGUUCGUGCGGUGGUUAGUGGCUCCGGCUGAGCAACACCCUGCGCGUCCCGUCUCAUCAAAACACCGCUCAUCUGCUGAGGCAUGAGGCUGUGAGGGCGCUGCGUGAUGGAGGAGGCCGCCAGCCAGCUGGAGCGCGACCACGUGCACCGCGUCUACGACAAGAUCGCGCCGUACUUCAACGACAGCCGCUACAAGGCCUGGCCCAAGGUGCGAGAGUUCCUGCUGGACCUGCAGCCGGGGAGCAUCGUCGCGGACGUCGGUUGUGGCAAUGGCAAGUAUCUGCACAUCAACGAGGAGGUGUUCAAGCUGGGAUGCGACGUGUGUCGCCCCCUGGUGGACUCCGCCUGGAGCCAGGGACACGAGGUCCAGAUGUGCGACGGCCUGCGCUUGCCUUACAGGGACGGCUGCUUUGACGCGGUGCUCUCCAUCGCAGUCAUCCAUCACUUGUCCACCAAAGAGCGUCGUAUUCGAGCAAUAAAGGAGAUGGCGCGCACGCUGCGAGUGGGCGGGCGCAUCAUGAUCUACGUGUGGGCCAUGGAGCAGAAGCGCCGCAAGUUCGAGAAGCAGGACAUCUUCGUCCCCUGGAACCCCGCCCCCCUCUCGGCCCCCGGCCUCAAGCCCCGCAGGAGGGCGGCGGCGCAGAGCGCCAGCGACGCCGGCGGCGGCGGCGACAAGCACAGGAAGGUUCGAAGCACAUCCUCGGUGGCGGACGGGGAGGACCUGGGCCGCUCGGCGCCGCAGCAGAGGACCCGCAGGCUGUGGUUCUUCUCCCGGUCCCUGGACUCGGUCUUGGACUUCGGGAGCUUGGCCGUGUCCCGCUCGUCCUCCAGGGAGCUCUGCACUUUAUCCUCGCCCGCGGGUGAGGGCGCGGGCGGCCCGGCGGGUCGGCGCGGCCGGCGCCGGGGCCUCAUCAGGCAGGUGUCCAGCUUCUUCUCGCCCCCGUCCGCGACCGGGUCCGAGGAGGACGUCUUCGGCUCGGUCGCAGACCUGCACCGGGGCGUCGACGGCAGCGGCGCCGGCCCAGACGCCCGGGGGGUGUCGGCGUCUUUGGCCCAGGAGUGCGGCUCCCUGGCUCUGCCGGACCUGGUGCCUUGCCAGAAGGAGCCCCGGAAGCCGCGGGAGGGGGAGCAGGAGAGCACACGGAGCCCUCAGGGCGGCGCCGGCCCGGUGGACGGCCCGUGUCUGAGGUACUACCACGUCUUCAGGGAGGGGGAGCUGGCCGAGCUGAUCCAGAACCACGUGGACGAGCUCCACGUCACGCACGCCUACUUUGACCACGCCAACUGGUGUGUGGUGGCGGAGAGAGUUCAGCUGUGGAGAAUCUGAGUUCUGCUACUGAGUCAACACAGUGUGUCAAGGUCCAGAUGUGAACAGAUGUGAACGGUGGACGUCACGACUCCCCUGCUGCACUUCUUAACUGUCUGUGGAAAUCCUCAUUUGUUUUAGUCAUAUUUAAAUGAGCUCCUUAACGUUUUAACAGUGACAAGACUGCAUUUUAAAACAUUUUAAUGCAUGAAAUCAAGGAGCAGCGUCCACACUACUGUCAUGAAUCAGUUUUGUGUGUGGAGACUUUUUUCGACUCAUUUUAACGAUUUUGCUAAAUGCACUGUUUUUGUCUUUAGGUAUAUUGCAGCAUUACUUUGUGCUGAGACGUGCUAGCGUGUCGGCCUGUCGAGCGUCUGCCUCAGAGCAGGAGCUGCACCGUGACGCUGCCUCUGCUCGUGUGUAACUCAUCAGCUGGAGUCGGGCCGAUUCCCGCGGCCGCUUGUUUUCGUCUGCGGUUCCUUCGGGGCCACGCGUGCGUGGAUGUCGGUAUUCGUCAUAGCUGUGUACUGUCUCGUUGGUAACAAGCUGAAUGUACCAAAAUGUGUUUCAGCAAAUAACCUGCCUCGUAUACUGUGAAUAAACACUGCACUGCGCCGCCGCUCGAUGCCGAUGAGCAUCGUGAAUACAGGUGAUCUGAACCCGUUGUGCCAAGAACGGUGCGAAUACUUAUUAGUACAGUAUGUGUGUUUUAAGUGCUACAGGUUCCUAAUGUCUUAAAUGAUGUAAAUGCUUUUAAUUCACAUUAAAUGUUGUUUGUGUGUA